AAACUAUCAAGAUUAUACAUCUGUUUAUUGUUAUUUUAUUGCUUUGGUAAGCGGUGCCUGGCCAGUGACCGAAAGGAAAAAUAAUUUAUCUACCAAUUUAAAGGUGCCUUGCGUCAAAACAAAAUAAGUUUAUGAAAUUACAGACUGUGACAGAGGAUCCGCCAUCUUGCUUCUUCCAUUUACUUUACAUAUAAAAGUGACAUCAGAUGAUCUUCUAUCGCAUUCUAUAAGGGCGUAAAUUUAUUUGGUGUGGACACUGCCGACCUACUUGCAAUUCCUUUCAUGGGAAAAAAAUUUCUGCUGAUCUUGAAACACUCAGGAUGAGGUAUCUAGCUGCGUACUGCUGUCUUGCAAUGACAUGUCAUUAGUGGAGUCAGCUCCAGCCAGAGGGAUGCAACAAGAAUCUCGAGAGACUCCCACAAACUAUGUGGACACCUGUGUCUAUGAAAACUCAUUCAAGGGUGAAAUUUUGCUCUCUUUUGCUACCAGUUAGAUGGCUGAAGGUCUUCAGUCGGCAUGGCUAAAUUCAGUGGCUACAUACCUUUGAGUCUUGACAAAAAGGACAACUUAUUGUUUUUAUUUCGGAUUGAGAAAUUAUGCAUUGCAACCAUACUAUUACCAUUGGCAAGCUUCCUGUUUUGUGUUCUAUGGUCGUUAAUGUACUUCUUUGAAGAUGUUACUUUCACACACUGUCAGGUACCAAACUAUCUGCCGUCCAUCUCAGCAGCUAUAGGCAACUACCCAACACAGCGGAUAGUAUGGAGCUCUGCCAUUGCUUUACAUAUUGGUCCAAGGUUCAUAGUGCUGUGGGCGUAUUACCACUAUUAUCAAGAAGUACUUAAGAAAAAUAAGCAAUAUUUGGCCUUAAUCACAUGCUUACUCAAUGCAAUAGAAAAUGUUGCUCUUGUAGGAUUAUCUUUCAUUACCUCAGCGGGAAAUUAUCCUGUCCAUGAAAAAUUUUUCAUGACAUUUAUGUUGACAUCUGAGCUGUAUAUGAUGAUGACCUGUUAUCUUUGGAGGUAUGCUCGAAGGAUGCCCCCAGACAACAUCGAAACUCGAUCCUUUAAGCUCAAAUUCAUUCUACUUUGUGUAAACGUCAUUGCAUUCUCUCUUGCUGGAUAUUGUUUCGUCCGCCACAAUAUCAAAUGCGAAGCUGGAAUGUACACACUUUUCGCCCUUUUCGAAUAUGUUGUCGUACUUACCAACAUGGGUUUUCAUUUCACCGCGAUCUUGGAUUUUCAUGGUCAAGUUGUCAUCAUUGAUCAGUUUGGAAUCACUGUCAGAUAAGUAAGGAGUGUAAUGAGGAAUGCAUGGCCUUUUUCGUUGCCUUACCAAGUCCAUAUUCUAUGUUCAUGUUUCAUUACUUUACUCUUCUUUAAUGAUAGGGAAUCAAAUAGGCAAUCAUGGGGUGUCUAGUUAAUUUAACUGCUAUUGACGCUCUUUUAGAAUUGUUUUUUAUAAUAAAUGAGUGAAUUUAUUCAAUCUAUACUAACUCCAACAUUGUAUCUAUCACUGAAGAAAUCUAUGCUUAAAAAAUGUAUCAUUGUUCUUCAGGAUAUAAUCCCACAAAGCACAAUUGGACUGCAUUUUGCAAUUUGGAACUAUAAAUUCUGGCUCCUCUGGAAAAACACGUAUGUGCAUAGGGAAACUAGUGGCACCAGUGUUCAAAACUCACAGGCACCAAUGCGCCAACUGCGCCCCAAAAAAUCGGCCAUGGCGCCUAAAAAAUGAAGGCUCUGCGCCAACGUGGCCCCUAAAAAUUGCCCCCUAAAUAUCUGGAUUUUCACAGGAAGUCACAUAAAGAAAGAAAAACAAAUCUAUUUGAAUUGAAAAAACUCAGAAUUUUCAGCACUUCAAGUGAAAGCUUGCUUUUUCUAUUCUUCACGAGUUCAUUCUCAGUGCUUUUGUCUUCCCCAAGUUACACUUACUUACUACUUCUGAUACAUAACAUCUUGCAUCUAACUUUUCACUGAAGGUGCCACAAUAUAUAGGCAAAAAGUCAAUUUGGCCCCUAAAAAAACUUCAAUAGCGCCUAAAAAUCGGGCUUAAUGUGCCAUAUGGCUCCUAAAACUCAAAGGUGAGUUUCGAACACUGAAUGGCACAUACGUUGUUCUUAAACCGGCAAAACCGGGCUAGAAUUUAUAGUUCCAAACUGCAAAAUGUAGUCCAAUUGAUCGUCAUUCAUUUGAUGACUCGCUGUAAAAUCAUUCUAUCAUGAGCUGUGGUCAGCAGAUAUUUUUAUGUGCUUCGUCGCUCACUCUGAAAAAUACUUAUUGCUGUCUCUGCUCCAAAAGUCUCGUGAAAACUUAUGCUUGAGCCAAUUUAGACUUAAAGUGCUCAUCAUUCCUAUUAUUAAACUAAGUCAUAUUUCUUAUUAGAUAGUAAUUUUUAAAGAUUAAGUGUGCUGAAGAGUGAGGUUUCUGAGCUAGAAGUCCUUUUUAGUUGGUCCUGUGAGCCGUAUCCAGAACCUGACAAAUGAAUAUUCCCCAGAGUCACAUGGUGGCUCUAAAAUUUGAUUAUUCUAACAUUCUUAUUUGAGAUCAACAUUUGACCCACACUUGAAAUUUUUGCUCCUUUUCCAAAACUCAGUAAAAUUAAAGCGAGCCAAUCAAAUAAAUUAAAUCAAAGAUUGAGGUCAUAUUUUUGUAUUGAUGAAAAUAUUAAGUUUACCUGUAGGCCCCUAGAUAUAGAGCUCUCCAUUUCACGGCAUCACUGUUAGUGAUGGUAUACUCAAUAAUCUAGGCGUGUAGCCGUCAAAUUUUUCUGUAACCAAUUCUUGGCUCAUGCUUUCUAUCUUGUUAGAGAUGAUCUUUUCCAUCCCACAGUUUAACAAUGAAGCUCCUCAUUAUUUAGUUAUAUUUAAUUUUUCUCCCUCUCCUUUUCAAUUUUUGACCCUAGGAAUUUUUUUGUUUUGCAUAAUUUUUAGGCUCACUAUGUAUUUUUUUGUACUUAGUACAUUCACAAGCAUUUGUGUAGUUACAUAUCUCACUCAGGCGUCGAUGACAUCGAUUAUUCAUCAAUCAUAUCAAUAAAAGUAUUUUCACAUUAAUGAAUUAUGACUAAAUUGAAAAUAUAGAAUCUGUACAUCGAUGUGAUAAUAAGCAGAGAGAAGUAUUAGCACACUUAAUCCAUUAUUUUGAUGUUGAGUGUUUUCACCGUUCAAAGACAUUCUUUUCCUUGGAAUUACUCUGCCGUACUAAGGAAGAACGCCAUAUGAACAUUCGAGAGUUGCCAAAUUUCUUUGGAUAAAAUGUUUAUUUUUGAGGAAAAUUAUGAAUAGUUUUCCUUGAAAUUAUCAGACACUUUAGAUCAAGUUACAAACAAAAUUAUCUGAGAAAUUGGCAGUAAAAUAUUCAAAAAUUUUCCUGAAAAUUAGUGAUUUACCAGAGGAAAUGGGGCAACGCAUGAAGGCUCUUACGGCGUUUUUCCUUAGCACGGCAGCACUGUUGAUAAUAAUCUGUGCUGACUUACUCAAACACACCCUGAAUUCCACUUAGUGCCGGAAUUAUUUAAUUUUUAAGAAGUCCUUGAUGUAUUUUAUGUCGGUGAAACCGGUUCUUACAUCUAACAAUUUUUUUGUCCUAAAAUGGUGAUUGAUCUAGGCCGUAUUUAUAGUUGUUUCUUGAGCACUUUUUUAAGCUGCUCCUUUCCCCUAGGACGCCCUUGUGGGUUUCAUUGUGUUUCAAGAGAAUUCAAGGAAGUUCAUAGAUUUAGGCUCUGGAGAAUCAGAAAAAGAAACUCUCAAUGACCUUCCAGUAAAAUGAUCCGCGAGGAGGAUAGUAAUGAAUCGCCAUCAGUAAGAUUCAGGAAUAUCAAAGAAAAAUAAUGAUUGUUUCAACUGAUGUCCGAGUAGGUCUACUGCUACCUUUAAAUUUUCAAUAUCAUAAAAUUUUCCUUUUGGCAUUUCUUAGAUUUUGUCAGGGCAUAUUAUCAUAUUCCUCAGCAAGAAUCAAUUUGUAAUUUAAUUUGACUUAUUGGUCUUUCAAAUUGUCCUUUUUCUGAUUCUGUGUCAACCCUCUUGAAACAUAAUGUCCUUUCAGAAGACCUCUUCAAAGGAGAUGACCACUUAAGGAGUGACUAUGAUUAUAGCCCUCAGCUUUUAUUUUGUUAUUAUUAUUAUUAUUUAUUAUUCCUAUUCUUUUUUUAAAACAUUUUUCACUGUGAAUAAAAUUGUUACAUUUUUCAUUCA